CUUCUGAAAGAACUCGGUAAGAAAUAUUAGCAGAUAUUUCUGCUGUUUCCUUUUUCACAGAACUGAAAACAACAGUUGAACAAACCAUGAAUCAACAAGUUAUAUUCGAUAUGAAAGAAUUAAGCUUAAAGCAUGCAGCUUGCAGUGUACAAGAAAAUGGUACCGGACAAGAUGAUAUUAAAUCUGCUGAAGAAGUCCAGCCUUUGAGUAAUUGCCGAUCUUCUCCUGUCAAAAGAGUUGGCAAAUGGUGCUCUCAAAAAUGCACUACAGAACUUUUAAAACGACGAUUGCCUUUUCUUGUAUGGUUACCGAAAUACAAUUUAGAAGACCUAAAAGGUGAUUUGAUUGCUGGCAUGACAGUGGCUCUCACAGUUAUUCCCCAAGGUUUAGCUCUUGCUUCAUUAGCUGGCUUAGGACCUCAGUAUGGUUUAUAUACGGCAUUUAUGGGAUGCUUCAUGUAUACUAUAUUUGGAAGUUGCAAAGAUCUAACAAUUGGGCCUACAGCUAUAAUGUCUCUCAUGACUGCAGAACAUGCUACUGCUGGUGGUGUACCUUAUGUCAUUUUGAUCACUUUUCUCUCUGGUUGCAUUCAACUGGCAAUGGGCAUUUUAAAUUUAGGUUUUCUAGUCACUUUUAUUUCAUCAUCUGUAGUUAGCGGUUUUACAUCAGCAGCAGCAAUAACAAUUGCUACAACUCAGUUAUCUGGUAUAUUUGGAAUUUAUUUUAAAUCAGAGAGUUUUGCAUCUGAUAUCUAUCGUUUCUUUUUGGGAAUUAAAGAAGGAAACAUCAGAUAUUGGGAUAUGGCUGUAGGAUUGUUCAGUGUAUUCUUCCUACUGGCACUUAAAUAUGCAAACAGAGUCAAAAUGAGCUGUUGCUCUGAAAUGUGUAAAAGAAUAACUGAAAUAGUGUUGAAAACAUUCGGUACUGCAAGGAAUGCUUUAUUGGUAAUUUUAUUCACUGGUAUUGCAGCGAUAUUGCUUUCAUAUGAUAUCAAUGCGUUAACAUUGAAUCCAAGUGUUAAACCUGGUCUUCCAUCAUUUGCGUUUCCUGAAUUUGAAUUUAACUAUUUUAAUAAUGCCACAAAUCAAACGGUCCAUAAAGGAUUUUUAGAAGUUAUAAAAGAGAUGGGAUCUGGAGUUGCAGUAAUUCCUCUUUUAAGUAUAUUAGAAGCCAUUGCUAUUGCUAAAUCUUUUGCCAAAGGCAAGAAAAUUGAUGCAACUCAGGAAAUGAUAGCUAUUGGUGUGUGUAAUAUAAUGGGAUCUUUUGUUGGAUCAUACCCUUCAACAGGUAGUUUUUCUAGAACUGCCAUUAACUACAGUAGUGGUGUGAGGACAACAGCAGGUGGCAUAGUUACUGGGGCCCUAGUGCUUUUAGCUUUAGGUGUGAUGUCACCCUACUUUUGUUACAUUCCAAAAGCUUCACUUGCUGCUCUAAUAUUUAUGGCUGUUAUUAAUAUGAUUCACUAUAAAGAUGUUAUUGUAAUGUGGAAAACUAACAAAUGGGAUCUUUUACCAUUUGGUGUUACUUUUAUUCUUUCAUUUGUGUUGGGAUUGGAGUAUGGAAUAAUGAUUGGUAUUGCUGUAUCUAUAAUAUUUCUUUUAUUGCAAGAAUCCAAACCAAAAGUCUUGAUUGAAACAAAGAAGACUUUCUUGGAAUGCAAAUACUUGUACAUUAAACCUGAUCGAACAGUUUUGUUCCCUUCUGCAGAGUUCUUACAAACAAAGAUCCUUAAAGCUCUUAUGGAUGAGCAAAACAGUAAUAUUUAUGCUGUGAUGUUAGAUGGAGAACAUAUGACAGCAGCUGAUUACACUUUAGCUUUGAGCUUGAAGAAUACAAUAAAUGGUUUGAAGAUUGAAAAUGUGAAAGUCAUGUUUAUUAACUUAAAACUUUAUCUGUGAGCUUUAUUUCCCCUCCUGCAUACAACAGUGAUAGUUGUAGCUUGAGAAGUGAUGAUGCUAGUCUCCAUGGAUCAUGACAUUUCAAUCACUUCUUAAAAAAUAUAUAUUUUAGUGCUGGACAAUUUUUGCAACUGCACCAUGUUUAUUGAUAUUUGUUGAAAAUAUAACAUUUUAAAAUAUUUUGUUCAAUCGUUUUAAAUCUUCUCAUUAUUGUAAAAACUUUGAACAUUUCCAUUGAAGAUCUGAUAUUUUCCUUCAUGUUUAAAUAAACAGAGAAAACUAAAAGAUAUAUGUAUAUUUGAGUGCCACUUCCAAUAUAUAUACAUAUAUUCAAGGAAAUUCUAUAUUUUUGCUAUGUUGUACAAAAACCUGUAAAAAUUAAAAUUUUGAAAAAAAAAAAAACUUUUCAAUGCAGUUAGUUGAUGAAAUGCAUAUGCAUUUGUUAAUGAAUGAACUAUAACUUUCUCAUUGAUGUCAUUCCCUUCCAAAGUCUCCUGAUUUUCCAUUUUCCAGAGUUGACAGUUGUGCAUUUUGAUAUUUAGUUGUUAAGUAUGUGCAUGAAAAAUAAUUGCAGUAAACUAAUUUUGUUAUCAGCUUUUCUUUUAAGUCGCCAAUUGUCAUCUUUUCAGAGUUAUUUUUGUUUACAUUUUUUCGCAACCCUUCAUCUUUUCCAGCCAAACAUGUUCAUAUUAAUUCAAAGCAUGUCUACCAAAUUGAUUACUUGCAAACUUAAAGUUGAUACAUUCACUUGUAAUAAAUUCAAAUAAUCACUUUGAAUAUCAACAAUUAUUUAUUUUUAGUUCAUCCACAAUUAAUUUUUUAAAUACAUGCAUUACACUCAAUAAAACCGUUAAUGCCACUUGCUUUAAAUUGAAAUGUACAGUUUGUAUCAAAAGUGAGCGAAAAUAUGUAAAUCAAAAAAAAUUUUUAAUAAAAACUAUAAAAUCUGAAAGUAAUUUCACAUGGUGACAAAAAGGCACUUGAGACAUCGGGAUUGCUGCUGAUGCUAACAUGCUAUGACAUGUCAAACACCCUAAAGGAUAGUAUAACGCUAUGAUAUUGAAGUCUACCUCUUUCACAAAACAUGUGAAUUUGGUCCACAAAAUGGUGUAUUUAAAAUAAAUAAUAUUAAUUUCUAAUUCAAGUGAAUAAACAAUAUAUAACAUUUGAAAGGUCACAAUGAAAGACAUAGGUCGCUGCUCACAAAUUUUCAAAAUCAUUUUUUAAAUUUGAAGCCCUCCAAUCUUUUCUUUGUUAUAUUCUUUCUUGCCGGACUGAUAUUAGUUAAAUACUGUUUGAAAUAAACUAUCAGUUCCUACUGCAACCUGAGUUUGGCAGAAAAAUUGACUUUUAUUCUUCAAUAUCAUGGAACAUUCUUCCCCUUGGCCUUUAACUUUAUUUAUUAUACAGUUGAACCGUGUUUCGGCAAAAACUAUGGGACCAUGAUAACUGUAGGCCGGAUUUCAUCUUAUAGGGUAAAUUAUCAACUGAUUGUUGACUCACAAGACCAAAAAAGUAUUUAACGCUAAGUGAUUUCUUGUUAAUGAAGUUCCACUGUUUUCUAAACUUUUAGUUCACACCUUACCUUAGGUUUCACCAAAAAAAUUUUGUUCGUUGAUCGUUCUUCAUUUAAUCUAAUAACGUGGCCAGCCCAUUUGAAUCUUUGAAUAAUAGCUUUCAUUACUAUAGUUAAAUGAGUACACCAUUUGUAGCUCAAGCAAUAUUUAAAUGGUACUCAAGUUCAUCCCAUGUUCCAGCUUGCAUGAACUGAGGAAGAUUAUGCUCCUUGUGGGUAAUUCGUACCUUCAGAUCAGUGCUGGAUCUAGGGGGAGUAUACCAGGGUUUUUGCCCCAUGCUGCAACUUCUAGGAAAUGGCAAAUUCACUCUAUUUCUGUACUUUUUUCAUUGAAACUCAAUUAGAAACUUGAUGGAAGAUGGGUAGGGAUAGCAGUUUCAAGAUUUGCCCCGCCUUGGAAAAAUCGUAGAUCUGUUGGUUUCAGAUGCUUCAAUGACAAGAAUUUGGCACAAAUGAGGACAAAAAAUAUUCAUGAACCUAUGAAGUAUUCUUGUGCAAACUGCAUACUCAUACAAAAAUUUGUUGUUUUUCUAUAAGUUUUUUUAAAUGUGUCAAAGAGUUUUCAAACACCCUUAAUAUUUAUA